GCUCUCUUUCCGAUUUACCAAAAGAACGCCUUCGCUCUCAUUUCAUCCAUCGUCAUGCCGAGUGAGGAAAGCGAGAUAAAAAAAUUUCUAGUAAAACACGCUAAUCAGGAGGAGUGGAAAGUGUCCAAACUAAAGGAACACAGACGGGCCUUUGAGAGGAUGUGGCUUGGAUUCCUGAAAUAUAAGCUACCUGGAAGCCUCUACAAAAAAGUGUUGGUCAUCCUACAUGACUCCAUCUUGCCUCACCUGAAUGAGCCCACCCUCUUGAUGGAUUUCUUGACCGUUGCCUAUGAUGUGGGUGGAGCCAUCAGCCUUCUUGCCUUAAAUGGACUGUUUGUUUUGAUUCUCCAACAUAACCUGGAAUAUCCAGAUUUUUACACAAAACUCUACAGUCUUCUGGACCCCUCUAUCUUUCACGUAAAAUACCGUGCCCGGUUCUUCCGUUUGUUGGACCUGUUCUUAUCUUCGUCGCACUUGCCCGCAUAUCUGGUGGCAGCCUUUGCCAAACGUCUAUCCCGACUGGCGCUCACCGCCCCGCCGGAUGGUUUGCUGAUCGCCAUUCCUUUCAUCUGCAACCUCUUGAGGAGGCAUCCAUCCUGCCUGGUGCUCAUCCACAGGCCCAACGGCCCAGCAGGUGAGAGAGGGAGCUCAGAAAGGCUGUCUUUUUCACCCGCUUCACUUGAGACCCUUCAGAACCAUUAUCACCCGGACGUUGCCAAAGCUGCGGAAGAAAUUAACCUGCCUCUCUCUCAGAUGGAACAGGAUUUGUCCGAGAUCCUAGAACUGACAUCCUUUGAGAUAUUUGAUAGAGAUAUUAAGAAAGAAUCGAAGGAAGUUCCAUUGGAAUAUCAGCCAGCCCGAGGCCUCUUUGGGAAAAAAGAUGAUCUCUUUGCAGAAUACUUUUCACUGGAAUGACUGCCGGCUCCGUUGGGCUUGCAAUGGAAGGCGGUAAGAAGAAAUGUCUAGAAAGAAACCAGCAUUUAAACAUCUGAGGAGCACAUUGCAAUCUUCAAAAGAAAAGUUUCAUGAUGGGGGAGGGGAAGCGAAAGAUCCAGAUGUGUGACUGAUGGACUUGUUGAAAAAUUUGGUGAAAUGGAGCAAGGUGUUCUGACGGAGGCUUCCCGAGAGCAGGAAGCAAAAGCUCCCUUUUAUUAAUUGACUCUGAAUUCUACUCAUUCACAUCCA